AUGUCGCCCUCACCGCAACUAUCUCCCCCGGGGAGUAGCACCUAUGACUCGAAUACACUGCAUGUGGGCGACGGCACUUGGGAUGCAGGGAGAGAUGACUUUCUCCUACCCAAUCUUGUUGGCUUGAAUUUUGCGACAAUGAGAUACAAUGGAAUGGGAAAUCGUUUUUUCUCUUUGACCGGCUACCAUGGCCUGGUCGAAGCGCACGGCAUCAUCGCUGCCAUCACAUUCCUCGGAAUCGUCCCGCUCGCCAUUUUCCUCGUUCGAUUCUACGGCCGCCAGCCCCGACUUGCCCUACGAAUGCACAUCUGGCUCCAGAUCCUCACCCUCCUCUUGAGCACCGUGAUCAUCAUUCUGGGCUUUCAAGCCGUUGGCCCGAACAGAAGUUUGACGAAUCCCCACCAUGGGAUUGGUGUCGCAAUCUAUGUCUUGAUCUGGGUGCAGAUCAUGGGAGGAUGUAUGCUGCACCGAAGAGAAAAGGGGAGAAAACGCCCGCACAUUCCUCUCAGUGCCAUGCUGCAUCAUUGGCUGGGCCGAGCUAUUGCUUUGCUCGGCAUCAUUCAGGUUCCACUUGGCUUGACGCUCUACGGGUCGCCUCCCUACUUGUUCGUUCUCUAUUCAUUAUGGGGGUUUUUCCUGCUCUUCUUGUAUUUCGUCCUGCAAUAUCUAGCGGAGCGGCGAAGGGGCCGUUAUGGACCCGCCGGCAAUAACCAGGUUGAGGUCGUUGAGACUGACGACCGCAGACACACGGGAUUGGGCAAACUGGCACUUGCAGGAGCAGCUGGUGCGGGUCUGGCGGCAUUGUUCAGGAGACGAUCUUCGGGGCGGGACGACUCACCUCACCGUGUGCAUGGAGACGGAGCUGGGACAGAAGUGACGGGAAGCGCAUCUUCUUAUUAUUACGACGACAAACUAUCCGACAGGUCUCGCCAUGGUAUUGGGCAUCGCCUUCUCCAGGUCGCAGCUAUAGGAGGAGUGGUUGCUGCGGUCAAGAAGCUGAUGGGUCGCAGAGACCACGACGACGAGUCGGACGUCGGUCCUUACAGACCGCCCCUUGGCGGUAAUCAGUCUGUCACGACGGACUCAAUGUCACGAAUGGAAGAAGGCAGGCCAGCUUCCAUUCGUCCGGUGACGCCGGUUGGUGGAAGCCCAGGCCAUGUGAGGCCAACACAUCCUCUCGCCCAAACUCCAAUGACACCAGGCUCGGAUGGACACAGAGAUUCAGGGUCAUUGUACACGGACGACUCAUUCGCCUCUGGAUCGCCGUCGCGCCGCGACCGGAGAUCGCAUGGAUUCCGAGACGCCGUGGCUGCAGGAGGAACAGUGUUCGCCAUUCGACAACUGUUCAAAAAUCGCAAACAACGCAAAGAAGACCUUCGCGCAGAACAACUGAGGAAAGAGAAGAUAGAGGAUGAGAGAACAGCACGCAUGACCUCGGCCCACAGGUACACCGGCGAUGGAGUCGCUCCACCAAGACGAGCCCGCCAUGGCAGGUCGGGUAGUCAGACUGCAUCAGAUCUGUCGACUGACCUGGGGCCGCCUGGAAUGAGCGGUGCCAUCCCCCCAGCAGCAGGUGCAGGUGUGGGGGCGGCCGCAGCAAGUGCUCUUGCCGACAGAGAUCGGAUCAGGCCCGUUGGCCAGGAUCCUCCGAUCGUUCAGCCUGGUCCACCUUCUGCUGCUUUUCCUGUUCCGCCUCCAGGCCAAGGAGAAAUGCCUCCCGUGCCGCCGCCUCACCUGGAAUCAUCGGGUAGUGAAAUUUACACCACAGGAUCGGGCAGGCAACGACAUCGUCACCAUUUCCGCGACGAAGCCGCCGCUGGACUUGCAGGUGCUGCCCUCGGAGCCGCCGCAGCAGAGGACUCCCGCCGUCGGCGACGACAGGGUAGCCGUAACAACAACCCUACGGACAGCAUGGAGUCCCCUCCAGUCAGUGUCAAAAUCAACAUGCACAACGACGGCCGUCAAGUAACUCUACGGCGCUUGACGGAAGAAGAAGCCGCAGCUCAACGCGAAGCGAGGAGAAAAGAACGCCAGGCUUCUGCAGCGGCAAGAAGAUCCAGGAGAGGGUCAAGUUUCAGCGGGAGCGACAGUGAGGCCAUGGGGGGACCUAGCAGUGCUGAUCGACGAUGGAGACGCACCGAAGCGCUGGAAGCCGAGCAGGCCGCGCAGAAUGAAGCUGCCGCUCAAGCUGCUGCCACACCACACUCGGCGGCAGCGCGGACCCCCCAACCACCAGCGUCUGUCGCUGGGCCGAGUCCGGCUCCCACGGUACCAUAUCCUACACCGCCUGAGCAUGCUGCCGCGCAAACAGGCACGGGUCAAGUAUAUCAAGUGCCUCUCCCUCCUCCACCGCCUAUCCCAGGAUCAGCCAGCAACCUAGGGUACCCGGCGGGAAGUGGUGUGACUUCGCCUGGAACGGAGACAAGUGGAGCAACGGAGUAUGCUAACAACAGGAGAAGGAGGCGGGCUGAACGGGCGCAGGCGAGAUUAGCCAGGGAAGGAAGAACCGGGGCCAACGUGGAAUUUACCUGA